AAUAUACACUUCAACUGUUCCUGGAAGAUGCAGAAACUCUGGUUCUUCAUCACCCUCAUCAUCGGUGUCGUCAUUGGACCGACUCGAGGCACCAGUGAAGAUGAUCAUUCUGUUGCUCGAUGGAUUAUGGCAUUGGACUCUGCUGAUGUUGAAUUUGGACCCCUUCCUGACUCAUCUUCCUCCUCUGAGGAGGAUUCAAUACCUUCCCUGGAGUCCAUAGACACAGACAGCCGGAUUGCUGCUGAGGAUCAGAGUCCAACAGCUCGAGUCUUCAUUCCAAGCAUCAAUAAAAUUCGCACUAUUGUGGAUAUUCUGAAGACCGUAGGUGAAGUUGUGAUUCCAGUGAUUGUGGAAAAAGGCGAAGCAUCAGCUGGAGUUUCUGCUGGAGGUGAAAUCUUAGAACAGAUCAAAGCAGGAACUCCAGAAGACAUUGUGGCUUACAGGACUCACGGCAUCAUGCUGCUGCAGAAUGCAAAGAAAGAAUUUGGGAAUUUCGGUCCAAUGGGUACAAAGAUGUUUUGAUAAAUGAAAACCGAUUUUUUUUUAUUAGAAAUAGGGAGUGUUUGCACAUAAUUUUCAACUUAAAUAUAAUAUCACAAAUUUGUACAGUU